AGGUUGAUGGUGGCUCAUUUCAUGUUGGGUAACACGUAUCCAUUCACAGAGAAAGAUUGGCUCGCCACUUUUGACUUGGCCAGUGAGGCGGGAUUGGAUGGUUUCGCUCUCAAUCUAGGACCGGAAGAAUGGCAGUUUUCUCAAGCUCUUAUGGCUUACGACCUCCUCUCUUCUCACUCUUCUGGCCUGAAACUGUUCCUGUCGUUAGAUAUGAACGUUAACCCUUCUGCCACAUCAACUGAUGGGGAUUUGUUGGCGGAAAAAGUCUUACGAGUGCUUUCAGAGCCUGCACAGCUGAAAUGGGAUGGAAGACCUGUGUUAUCGUCUUUCAGUGGACAUGCUGUUUCAUUCGGAGGAGAAGGGUGGAAGGGGUGGUUAAAUCGGUUGAAUGCCAAGUCAGAAACACCGGUAUUCUUCUGGCCUACUUUCUUCAUGCCCCCUAAAGAGGUUAUAAACUUGCCAUACGUCGACGGGACUUUCGCCUGGAAUGCAGCUUGGUCAGUUGCAGGUAAUCAUACGAUCAGUAUUGAAGAAGAUGCCCCUUUCUUGGCCAGUGAUAAACCCUACAUGGCUUCUGCCUCUCCUCUUUUCUUCACACAUUAUGGAAAGACAGGACAAUGGGCAUGGGACAAAAAUUGGAUAUAUCGCUCUGACGACCUUCUUUACCCAACCCGAUUAGCAGAACUCAUUUCCCUUCCAACCCAUCAAUCACCCUCGAUAAUACAAAUAAUUUCAUGGAACGAUUACGGUGAAUCCCAUUACCUAUCCCCAAUCUUAGGUGCUCAACCCGGAUCUGAUCACUGGACUCAAAAUAUGUCUCAUAUCGCAUUCAGAGAAAUGACCCAUUUCUUCUCUUUACUAUGGAAAGGAGUACCUGAAAUAGAAGCGAUAGGAAAUGACCCACGAGUUUACAUGUGGUAUAGAACUCAUCCAUCUUCAAUCAUAGUGAAAGAUGAUGAAGUUGGAUUACCUAGAAAUUCAGAAUGGGCACAAGAUUUAAUAAAUUUAUUCAUUUUACUCCCUCCUUCAACAUUGGAACAUAAGAUCGUCGUGAAGAAUGAAGAUAAAGUACAUGAAAGAAGUUUGAAAACUGGAAAACCGAAUUUAUUUACGGUAGGUUUCAAACCUGGUAGAGUAACUUUUGAGUUGGUAGCUGGUAGUGCUGUUUUGGUCGCUGGUCAAGGGAAAAGGAUUUUGGAUGAGGGAGAGAUAGAAGGGUAUAAUUAUAAUAUGUGGAGUGGGAGUUGGAGGGGGGAUUGAGAAAAAUAUGAAUUUUGUGUGGUUAGGAGGUUGAGGGGAGUUACUCCCCGGUAGGAUGGAAGAUCAGCGGAUGGCUUUUACGUCGAGCUGAGUGCCCAAUUUAGGGAUUUGGGAAGUAUGACCAGUAAUUCAGCAUGAUCAUUGAUACGUCGUGGGAUUAGAUCGUCAUUGGGACAAGAUAUGCAUUGGCAGUUUGACAUGCCGAAAAACAGAUUGAUUAG